CAUCACAUACACAGUUUACAGCUAACCGAACCAUCAGUCCUAGCUUGCUAUUAUGAAAAUCCAAUUCAACAAUACCAAUACUGUUUUCAAUUCAUGUAAACAUGUAAAAAUGAACUAUAGCCAUUAAAUUCUACCCUGCAAAUAUACCGUUCGUUACAGGGAAAUGAUGCAUGCUCUAGAAUGCCCUUCAAGACAAUCAGAAAGGAGUAUUCAACAAUGCCAUGGUUAAGCAGGCUAUAUAUCACGGGUAUGACCAAAACAUUUAUUUGACUGUUUUAAUUCCUUUGGUAACCAGUUUAUAAUAGCAACAAGGCACCUCGGGGGUUUGUGAUAUAUGGCCAAUAUACCACGCCUAAGGGCUGUAUCCAGGCACUCCACGUUGCAUCGACAUUUUGUCCCUCUCUCCUUUGAGUAAGACACGGUUGUAUGAAAACAGAGAAUGAGAAGGAGAAAACAUGGACAAAGAGCACAAGGUGAGACAAUUCAAUAAAAUGUGGUUAGCAGCUCCGACAGAGAACAUGGCAAUUAUAUUGACAAUUAAACAUGUCAUAGUGUGUGUGAUAAUGGGAGGAAGCCUCAGGCUUGUGGACAGUAUUGCAUCGGUGACUCCUAACAGGCAGUUGAACACUUGUUCGUUUAGGUUUCUAUAAAGGCCUUAAGUAGUGAGGUCGUAGGUCAAGGCUUGCUCGCCACAGGGCAUCAGAGAGAGUGUCAUACUGUUAUACUACAGACAAAGGGUCACGACACACACACGCAAACACACACAUACACAAACAUACACCCACACACAUACAUACACAAACAUACACACAAACUCAUGUGACCCCUCAUUUCAACUGGAGCUGCUAUAUCUUACUACUGGGAGAUGACCUUUUGCUGACACUGUUCCAGAAUCAGAGUUUAUGAAGGAGUGUGAGAGUAUUAAGCUCUGUCUUGUCUCUGAUACUGUUCAUUGUGUUUUCUAAAGAAGUAGAUUCAUUUAAUGUGAAUGUUGGAUUGUUAACACUGUGUUAAUGCACUGUGUUACAGGGAAGGACACAUUAUGUUAAACUUACUUCAUUACAGAAAAGGAGGUAUGACUGCAAAGUGUGUGUGAGAGUGUGUGAAUGCCAAUGUGGUUGGUGAAGGCUUCCGUGCACCUGUUUCUUUUACACUAGCACUGGUAUCUCAGCUGUGGAAGUGAAAAGGUGUCUGGAGUUUUGCAAGAUAGCACCGGAUUCACACGCAUGUGGCAUGCGCGCGCACACACACACACACACACACACACACACACACACACACACAAACACACAGCCACAACUACAUACUGUACAUGCAAGCACACACCCCACGUAUCCUGUGAGAACGUCAUUCCUUCACAGCAUAAGAAUAUCUGAAAUAACUAUAAUCAUAGAUGUGGUAAAGAGGUCAAUGGAUCUCGACCUAAAGAAUGGAAAUGCCAUGGAAAUACGUGGGGGAAAGAUGCCAUGGGGGAAAGAUCCCGAAUCUCCUCAUUGUCCCCCAGCAACAUUAGCCUACAUUUAGGCUAUUGUUUACAUGUGUAUUUCACACAUGUUGAGGUAAAAAUUGGAGUAUGUAUGGAUGUCAACCCAAAUACAUGUUCAUGUCAUCGUCAACAUCAACUGUGUUACAGUUAAAAACGACUUUGGCUGCCACCAGCGAUUUCUCUAUGCUAGCUAUGCUAACCAGCUUAUACGAACAGGAGUUAGCAUUUAGCAGUCACUUCUUCUAAACCUGUAAAGGGACUAUUUCUGAGUGACCGUUCGAAAUGUACACAAUUGUUACCCGGAGGAAAAUUUUUCAAUUUCAAUCAGGGGGAGAGGUUAAGUAUUUUUUAAUUUCGUACAGGGGAGGGUCAUGUCAUUUUUAAUCGAUUAAAUGUCAUUUAGCUGUGUUUGAGAAUGAGUUUCUUAUUAUAUCGCAAUGUGUGCCUGAUGCUGCCCCUCAUCCAUGAUUUUCUGCUGUGUGGCACGCAAUAACAAGCGUGCCUAGUGUGGUCUCAUUCUAAUGAUCCAUAGCCUUUACUAUAAGCCAGGGAUGGGCAACUGGCGGCACGGGGCUGCAUGCGGCCCGCAGCCCCCCUUUUGUAGGCCCGCAGACCAAUUUUGGGGGGAACUGAAUCGGGGUCUCAACGUACUGUUGAGCGUUGGAAUAAUAGAACAUUCAAGGUGCCAUUUCUGAAUGUGGUUGUGCAUCAGCAGUCUAUAUAAACGUGUAGUAGGCGUGAUAUUUUCACUCCUAACCUUGUCCGCGGUGGUCGGUGAAUCCACAACCUUCUGGCUACUUUGCCAUGUAAUGCUUAGAAAACAAAGAAAAGUUUCUGAAAUGGCAUACCUAAGGCUCUGGUCUAUGAGUGAGGAUAAAUGGUAGGUAUGUUUUCUGCUAUCCACUUUGUUUGAAUUAUUAUUUUGGGUAGAGGGGGGGUUCACGUUUUUUUUGUUGGUUCAAGUGUUCGGAUAAACCACUCUAAUCUGUGAGGUGUAAGGCUAGUUGAGAGAGCCAUGAGUCAUUUUUAGAAGCAGUAGACCAGAAUCAUGAUACUGUUUGACAUCUAUGUUUGAACAUUAAUCAUGAAGAUUAGGCUUGAUGUAAAUAUAUUUUACUGAAGGGAGGGCCAUCUAUUUUCAUUUCAGAGAGGGUUUAUUUUCUCCAGGUGUCCCUCAUUACAAAGAACAUCCAGUCCCUAAAUGUUAUGCAGCAAAAACAGCCAAAUACAGUAUAUUAAUAUCAGACUUUAGUAGCCACAUUGAGGGCCUGUUACAAUACAUCAAUCAUGACGGAUUUGACGAAAAAUCAAUUUUAUUCGAUCCAAUUUGUUGAAUGUGCGCCAAUCCGGCAUCCUCCUUCUAUCCCCCAUGGUCUGCGUCCCAUUGACCUCUUUACCUCAUCUAUCCUAUAUAAUGCUGCUAUAUAUAGUAGCAUGUUGUUUACUUAUGACCUAUUUCACUAUAUAGGGGCCAGGUGCGGUGAAACAUGCAGCGUACAGUUUGCACCCCAGGGACCUAGUGCCCUAAAGUACUGAUGUAGGAUCAGUUUUCUCCCUCCAUACACUGACCUUAACCAUUAUGUGCAGAAAAAAGAAGAACUAUCCCUAGAGCUGUGCCUGGGCUCACACCACCUUGCACACCGUGUGCUCACAUGACCCAGUUCCUGUUCAAUUCUCCCCAAGAGAGUUUCAUCUAUAGCCAAGAAAGAGUCAUUCUUGUUAUAGUGUCUUCCUUUUAUUCCCUAGAGGGAUGAGCAGAGAGGGCGCUUUGGUUUCCGGGGCACAGCAGCUUCCUAUCCUUUUAUUUCAUCCACACCCAUAUGAUACUACGGGUAUUACAUGUUUUACAUUUGUCAUUUAGCAGACACUCUUAUCCAGAGGGACUUACAGGAGCAAUUAGGGUUAAGUGCCUUGCUCAAGGGCACAUAGACAGAUGUUUAAUCUAGUCGGCUCACGGAUUCGAACCAGUGACCUUUCGGUUACUGGCCCAACACUCUUAACCGCUAGGCUACCUACCGCCCUAGCUGCGUUAAACAAUAUAUAAUUUGUAUGGCCCAUGUUAAGUGCCAACAUUAUUGAGUGAUGAGAAAUAUAAAAUGUGGUUUUCAUGAGAGUGCUUAGCCACGUCUCCUUGCGCAUUCGAUUAUAAACAUUGAUUACAGCUGGGCCAUGGAAUUGUUAACGCCUCAUGGAAAAGAGGUCACUAAAUCGAAGCAUUCUUUCUGGUAGAAAAUAUCGAGUUAUGUUGUUUAGCCUCCUACAAUUCAAUAUUGCAUAGGCACACAUUUUGGGGGGGCUUGUAUUGCUGCACUUAUUAGGCUAGUUUUACUCGUUUUUGUCUUAUAAUGACCCUAAUAUAUUACUGUCAAGAAUAGCCACUGGCUGCUAAUGUUCCCAUAUGCACAGGAAUAACCGGUAUAACUGUAUCUACCACAUGUUGUAACGGUAUCAAAUGGUUAAAGAUUAGCUGCAGCGCGGGGCCGCCACGCCUCCAGACUCGGCACCUGCAUUCCACAGCCCGAUAGUUUCCUGAGCAGAGCGGAUUUUCAGACGGGAUUAGAUAGAAAAAAAACGAAUGUGGGUGAAGAAGAGAAUGUGACAACUGCCGAGUGUGUGUCUACUGCCUUGGGGAGGCCCUGGCACUUCCACCUGUCCCUCUCCGUCUCCGCGGCCAGGCGCAGUUGUCGAACUGGGAGAGCUGAGAGAGCAGAGCGACGCACUGUAUAUUUGUCAGGCAGAGCAGAGAGGAGAGCGCGGAUCCUCAGCCUGAACACGGAGGGACACAGAGCCAGGGCAACAUGACUUCAUCCUACAAUCUGGAUUUCCUGCCCGAUAUGAUGGUGGAGAGCCGCUUGCUGGUUCCGGGCGAUAGAAUUAACGGCACGGCCGGGAAGAUGAAUGGGGCGUUGGAGCAUUCGGACCAGCCCGACCCAGACGCCAUCAAGAUGUUCGUGGGCCAGAUCCCUCGCUCCUGGUCAGAGAAGGAGCUGAAGGAGCUGUUUGAGCCCUACGGGGCCGUCUAUCAGAUCAACAUCCUCCGAGACCGCAGCCAGAACCCUCCACAGAGCAAAGGGUGCUGUUUUGUCACGUUUUACACACGGAAAGCUGCUCUUGAAGCCCAGAAUGCACUGCAUAACAUAAAGACCUUAACAGGGAUGCACCAUCCCAUUCAGAUGAAGCCUGCAGACAGUGAGAAAUCAAACGCGGUGGAGGACAGGAAGCUGUUCAUCGGCAUGGUGUCGAAGAAGUGCAAUGAGAACGACAUCCGGGUCAUGUUCUCUGCGUUCGGACAGAUCGAGGAGUGCCGGAUCCUGCGAGGGCCCGACGGACUCAGCAGAGGCCUCAGCCAGAGGGAAGCCAACGUUAAGGGAUGUGCGUUUGUCACGUUUUCUACCAGGGCUAUGGCACAGAAUGCAAUCAAAGCCAUGCACCAGUCUCAGACUAUGGAGGGCUGCUCGUCUCCCAUUGUGGUGAAGUUUGCUGACACGCAGAAGGACAAGGAGCAGCGGCGCCUGCAGCAGCAGCUAGCUCAGCAGAUGCAGCAGCUCAACAACGCCACCACCUGGGGGAGUCUGACGGGGCUGGGCGGCCUCACCCCGCAGUAUCUGGCUGUAAGAGGACACGCCGCGUCGCCCACCCCUUACUGCAGCCCCGCAGCCAACGCGUCCAUCGCCGCCGCAUUGCUUCAGCAGGCCACCUCCUCCAGUAACCUUGGAGCCUUCAGUGGGAUCCAACAGAUGGCAGGUAUGAGUGCUCUGCAGUUGCAGAACCUGGCCACUUUAGCAGCGGCAGCAGCGGCGGCCCAAAACUCCGCCGGCCCCAACGCAAACCCCCUGUCCUCCAACGCGGCCUCCCUCGGAGCGCUGGCCAGCCCAGCGGGCACCACAGCCAACUCCUCGGGCAUGACCUCUCUGACCUCUCUGGGCACUCUGCAGGGCCUGGCUGGCGCCACCAUGGGUCUGAACAACAUUAAUGCACUAGCAGGUAGCGUCAACAUUGCUCACAUGCUCUCAGGUAUGGCGGCCCUGAACGGAGGCCUGGGCGGCGUGGGGCUGACCAACGGCACGGCGGGCACCAUGGACGCGCUCACACAGGCCUACUCAGGGAUCCAGCAGUAUGCAGCCGCAGCCCUGCCCACCCUCUACAGCCAGUCCCUGCUGCAGCAGCAAGGUGCCGCCGGCAGCCAGAAAGAGGGGCCUGAAGGUGCCAACCUGUUCAUCUACCACCUGCCCCAGGAGUUUGGGGACCAGGACAUCCUGCAGAUGUUCAUGCCUUUUGGAAAUGUGGUCUCUGCCAAAGUCUUCAUUGACAAACAGACAAACCUGAGCAAGUGCUUCGGCUUCGUCAGCUAUGACAAUCCGGUGUCGGCGCAGGCAGCCAUCCAGGCCAUGAACGGCUUCCAGAUCGGCAUGAAGAGGCUGAAGGUGCAGCUCAAACGCUCUAAGAACGACAGCAAACCAUACUGAUCUUAGCACUAGGGCCUAUCUGCUCCCAUGUUACCACUGCUAGGGUAAGUCCCCAUACGAGCCACGACCUCUACACAGGGACUGGGGGAGGGAAGUGGAGGGAGGGGGGAGACAACAUUUGACCACCAGAGGGAGACACUAAUUUCUCCUUUAGUUUUUUUUUUUUUAGCUUUUUUGUUCAGCAGUAUUAUUUAUUAUUACUAUUAUGAUUUUUUGUAUUAUCUUUCACAUGAAUGCUUCCAUUACCACCUUUAUUUUGUACCACUUAAAAAAAAAGUAGCUAUCAUCGGUAGCUUUUUCAGUUGUAAAACAUAUUUAAUUUUCUACGUGAUUAUUUAUAUACUGUUAUGAGAAGAAUUUCAUUACUCGAAAAACAGAGUAAGAAAAAAAAAACAAGCUAUAUGAUUUUGUUUGUUCUCUUUGUGAACCUGAGGCCUGAUAAAAUGUCGAUAUAAAGGGUUUAUUUCUGACACACCACGCACCGAUAUGCACAUGACCCUUGACCUCCUGGUGUUGGUUUCCGGGCCAACCGCCGCUGCUUCUCUGACCCCUGAUGCCUGCUGACAGACACCAGGGAACAAAGGGUUAAAAAACAAAACUUAGUGGCCUCUCACCUGUUAGUCAGUCAACGACAGCAUCCCAUACACUCUUCUAUUUCAUUAAUAUCAUGACUCCAGUCAUUUCUUUAUGUGAAGAAUGUUUAUUUCACACUAGAACAAUGUUAGCAAACUAUAAUUUUCUGGGUCAGAUCACAUUGGUCUUUGUUGAAGGGGAUAUUGUGUAGAACAUUUUCAAAGUAACAUCCAGAAUCUGAUGAAGGCUACAAGAAAAUAAAUGUAUGGGUGGGAAGUUAACUGAAAAUACUUGAUGUUUCUUGAGAGAUAAAAAAAUUAAUUCAAAGUAGCGAAAGCCACAGGCCUGUACAUUUUAUUUGUAAAAAAAAGCAGUUCUAUUUUUAUACAAAAUUUUUACUGCCUCAGAAAAAAAGGAUUUUAUUUAUUGCCUAUCGUUAAGUUAUUUGACUCCUAUAAAGAACAGAAUCCGUUAGAAUAGAACCUUGUCGAGUAGUCUUCUGAAAUUCGGAACUGUAGAAUUCUCUAGAACAGAGCCACGUUCACACCUCGCUCUGCCUCUGCUCCCUUCACUUUCACACACCUAUCUCUGUCUGUGCAUCACAUCCGUCUGUGAUCAGCUCUUUCUCUCUCUCCAUCAGUAUCGGUACUUCACCUGUCAAAUUUCAACCUUUCCUUGCGUUUCGUUUUUUUGUUCAUGUGUUUGUUUCGUUACGUUUCGUUCGUUUGUACUGUACAAAAACCUUUAAACAGUUUCUCCCAAAUGACAAUCCAUCCUCCUUGCUCUCUAGGAGCAUGUGGUACUGAUGGAUAUAACUUUGGCUGCUCUGUGUAUGAGUGUGUGAUAGUGUGUUUUUACAGUAAAUGUGUGUCUGUUAGUAUUAAUCCAAAUUGUAAAUCAUUUUUGUAAAAAAAAAAAGAAAUAAUGAGAGAUUAAAAAAAAUGCCAAUUGUGUAGUGAUGUGUUGCCCUUAUGACCUGGUGGUUUGCAUUGUUGUUUGUUGUUGUUGUUCCCCUGAUUUUAAUGCUGUAGUAAUGUGGUGCCCUGGCUCUCUGUUCUGUGUGUAACUCUCUCCUCUCCCUUGUUUUCUUCCUAUAGAACCCAUCUCCAUGCCUGUUAGCUCAUCGUUUGCCUAGCAUGUCUCUGUGGCGUGGCGUCCAAAAAAAAAAAAAAAUACAAAAAGUCUCAUCGUCCCGUCAUUGUUUUCUGAUGUCUUUUCUGAGCUCACCUGAUCAUAACCUGGUCUCCGCCUACUGACCUUUUGAACUUAGCGUGACCUUUUUGGACUUUUUUUGCAUGUGACCUCAUUUUGUUCUAUUUUGGGGAGGUGGGGUAAAUGGGGUACAUUGUGCAUGAAGGAGGGAGGGAGGGGGGGAGCGAAUCAAUGUGAAGAAGUAUAGCAUCAUUCAUACAAAAAGACUGAACUCUUACAGACAAAAACAAAACGUUUCUUUUUAAAAACAGAAAAACCCCGUGGCAAAAUUAUUUCCAUUAGAUUUAUUUAGUUAUGUUUAGUUUCCUUCUUUUAUGUUGGGUUUCGUUUUUUGUUCCUUUUUUCAUUUAAAGUAAACUUGAAAGUUCAGCACAGGGAUUGGCUGUCUUGUUUCUGGCUCCACUAGCAAUAUGAGGCCAGAAGCGGACACUGUCAGUUUCCAUGAAAAAUAGACUACUUCCAAAACAGUUCUGAAUAAAAACUGUCUGAUCAAUAUUAGACUCUCUCAGAGCUCUGUAAUUGUUUUUACAUUUUUCAGGCAGUGUAAAGUUUUUUGAUAAGGCCAUUUUAAGUGGCUCUGUUUCUCAUUAAAGUAUAUAUAGAACCACUUUUUUCUAGAGUAGUUUAAGGUAUUACAAAAAUGUCAACAAAAAAAGACUUGCCCUGUUUGGGGGGAGAAAUGCUACCUACGUGUCACCUUUUGCUGAACUGACUCACAGAUAGACAAUCCGUGGUUUAAAUGCACAUGAUAAAGAAAUGACCUAUAUUUUCUACUGUUUAAAUUAUAGAGCGAAAAAAAAAGAAGAAAAUACCUGUAACCCGCGUUAACGUUCGUGCUUCUUGUGAGUUUAGUUUUGGUUUCAUUACAAGUCUAACGGUCUUAAGUGUCUCAUGUUUUUUAAAGAGAAGACAAAAAAAAUCUGUUUACUUGAACAAUAGACAAAGCCUUUCAUAUGAAUACUAUUAUAAUUGUUCCUUUUGUCUUUUUUUUUAAGCAGUCCUGAUUUGCUAAAUUUCUUGUUGGGUAAUUAGCUAUAUAAAAUUCCUAAAAAAUAUAUAUAUGAAUAUAUAAAUAUAUAUAUAUAUAACAUGUCGGCUUGUGAAGCAUCAAUGUUAAUAUAAUUUCAUUUCUAUCGUGGGAAACAAUAUUUAGAUGUGUUUUGUUGUUCAUUAUAAUGUGAUUUUCUUUUCUUAUAAAGAAAAAAAGACAAGAUCGGUGGAGUUUAGUGCCAAAUCUUGAAGGUACAUCCUGUCUAUAGCGCGUCAGUGUACUUCUUGUGAAAUGAUUUGAUAACAUGGGUAUUUUAUUAAGUGUUUUGUAUGGAUCCCUCAUAUGUAAAAAUAUAGAUUUAAAAAAGAGUUUGUUAACUUGCUAUUCUGUGGUCUUGUUGCCUGAAACUGUUCAUGUUUUGCUUUUUUUUGUAAAGAUGUAAAAAGUGCCCAUGUGUCAUAUAUAUAUAUAUAUAUAUAUAUAUAUAUAUAUAUAUAUAUAUAUAUAUAUAUAUAUAUAUAUAUAUAUAUAUAUAUUAUAUAUACACACACACACACACACGCACGUACACACACUCACGCAGACCUCACAGUUGACUUUACUUUGUUGUUGUGUAUGAGAGCCCCUGAGUGUGUACGCCUCUACAGUCCAGUUUCCAUGUUCCUGCCCACCAGUCUUUACAUUGCUGUUCACACGCUCUCUCUCUCUCACACGUCACUCACACACACAGUUCUCACAUGAGCCAUUAUACAGAGCAUUCUUCAAAGCCUUAUCACAAGCCUUUACAUGAACACUCACAUGAACACACUCACAUUCUCGCCAAACACUCUCGCUUCAUCCUUUGACUUUGACAAAUUUCAAGCCUUAUCUUAAGCUUAAUCUCUCUCAUUAUAACCUAAAUCAAGGACAAGUUUUUAGUUGAAGUUGCUACAGACUGGGAUGGGGACAUGGUUAUUUGCUGGUCAUGUUUGUGUCACCUCAAACAACAUGAAUGCAUUGCUUUCAUGAGGUAAGUGAAGGGCAAGACCUUCCCACACAAGCCUCAACCCCUCCCCAGACCAAGACAAAAUGACGUUAAUAGUACAGAAUGAUUUUCAGCUGUUUGGUUUUGUUGUUUCUUCCGUUGACAGUUUCUUCUGGAGAUGUACCAGUAUUAGUAAUUACACCAUUAUUACAGAAAUAUGUUUGCCCUGUUGUAAAUGCUGUGUAAUGUAGUGUAACUGGCCAAAACAGUGUUGAGAUGCCAAAGUAUUAUGUCAAGAUUCUCAUAGUCAAUCCGUUUACAUGACACAAUGCUGUCUGUCCGUCAGUCUCAGUAUUCUGUAAAACUGCCCCCGAUUCCCUUCCCUGGAAACCUAGUUUACGGUCUGCAAAACGCAGCACUAUUUUAUACAAAAACUCACCAGUCGCCUUAACCAGGGAGUGUUGUAUCGAAAGACUUGUCUAAUAGGAUCUAAAAUCUGUAUGUAAGUAGGUGGUGUUUUCCAAGUCUAAGUGUACUAUAUUGUACUGUACCUCCAGCUUCUCCAACUCUGGGUAAGCGUGUCACCAUUUUGUCCCACAACACAGAGUAGAGAAGCAAAAUGGCCACCUUCUUCUUUAGUGUGGCUCUCAAACUGAAAACCAAGGGGAAAUAAAUAAGUUAUUGUUAUCUGUUCCAUCGUCUUUUUACAGAAUAACAAGGUUUAUUUGAAAUACCGAGCCAAAUGGAGGAGGGUUCGUAAAGUGCAGACAGGGGAAAUAAAAUGAGAUGAAAGGGUAGCUAUCUUGUUCAGUUCUUAGACAGCAAAACAACAGUCUCGGCCAAGAGGCAGAGCCGUUACCAUGUCAAACGACCAAGUCAAUGCCAAACUUUAGUUGAGUCCAUAGCAUAUCAAAUUGACAUUUCCUAAAGCAGUAAGCAUGAGUAAUGCCAUAAAAACAGCUCUAACUACCUGCAUAAAAGUAAUCAGGAUUGCCAAUAUGUCAUACUACACAUAUAUCAGUGUUAAUAGAUCAUUUUGUCAUUAACGUGCGCUGAUCGUAGUCUCCUUAAAAGACAGCUGCCGUAUUAGGCCUAAGACCCUUCAGGAAUCCUCUCUGUGAGGAACAUCUUUGCACUCUAAAUACAUUAGGUAACAUAAACAGACAACAGGGUUACAUCAACUCACAGUGCAGCAUAAUGUGUUGCAGGCGUAGAGGCUUUGGUUUUUCUGUUUGUUUUCAGUUCAUCCCGUAGCCAACUACUUAUACUUUGGGAGAUGGUAAUGUAUGGACAUGUGUGUGUUUUUACAGAACUUAAGCAUACCCCAAUUCCCAAAUCGCUCGCUCACACACACACACACACACACACACACACACACACACACACACACACACAGCGGGUUGGCACAGUGUAGUCUGAUUGAAGUUGCAGUCUGUUAGAUGUUUCUGAAAAAGCACAAGAGUGUCCUCCGCAGACAGACCGUUAGACAGGAGUGUCUGUUGAGUGCCUCACAUCUCAGGGGCUGUCAUCACCGAUGCUUGUUGUAAUCUUUCAAUCUUCUCACUGUUCCGUUCUCUGUUCUCUUUUUUUUUCUUAAUUAUCUAAAGUGCUAUUUAUCAAAAAAUGACAUUUUAAAGGAAAAAAACAACUUGUAGUUUCUUUGCAUUUUGGCUUAUUAUGUCUAGUUUUGGGGGGAAAUGUUUGUUUUCUCUCUCUUUCUGUGCCGUAAAGAGCGUGUUGUCUGUAGAUUAAUAUAAUUUUGUUUGAUUCUAAAGGAUUUCAAUAGUUUUAAGUAUUGUCUUGAGAGAAGCCAAAGUCGGUGCAUUUCAGUGGAUUCUGUAAGCGUAUUGUUUGUUUGACAACACUUUGAAAUCUGUCAUUGGAUGGGAUUGAAAAAGUACAAAAAAUGCAGGCUUUCCUAUUUCUACAAAUGAUUGUACUUAUGCAUUUUGUACCAGUGAAACUUUUUAUACUGGAGAUUAAAGGAAACAAAAAAAACUAUUAGAAAAACAAACCUGUCUGGCCUCAUGAUGUGGCCUGACCUUUGUUGACUGGUUCCCGAGUAUGAUGUAGAGCUGGCAUCAAGAAAGUUGUCUUUUGAUAUACGAUUUUCUAAAAGAACUUUGGCUUGGUUUCUUUAAUUAAUUAACUUCUUAUUUUUCCUUACUUUAGUGUUGUUCUUUUCACAAAGAGGAGUUAGGCGAGUGUUGAUUUCUUUUUGGCUUAUAAAUAGUUAUAGCCGUUUGUCUAUACAAAAAACCCGGUAAGUUUCAUUUAACUUCUGUAUUGUGACGUCUACAUGAUAAAACAAUUAGGAAUAUAAAGAUUUAGUCACCUUCAGUGGAUUAAUGUAUUAGUUUAAUAAAACGAUAAACUAAUUAGAGGUUUUUGCUUUUAACUGUUUAGAUUUUUCUGGUUUCUCUGUCCUCUGUGAACUAAUUGUGUAGCUGAAGCAGUCAGGAUUAUUUUUGUAAACGUAUGUUCUUGUGUGAUGCAGUUACUUGCUUCUGUCUCCGAUAUUAAACCAUUUUUCCUAA